AUGACGCGCUACAACAGAGGCAUCGCCGGCGAAAAAGCCGCCGUGCGCGAAGAGCAGCGAGAAGCUGCGCGCCAGCUCGAUGAAGAUGCGUCGCGGAGGAGGCCGAGUCUGGGGGAGGUGGAAACGCCUACUAGUGCUACGGAGGAGAAGAAGACUUGGCUUCCAGGUAAGUUCAUUGUGAAGAAACCUACGAAGGCGGCGUGUGGUAGACUUGUUGUGGAGAGGGAGGAUGCUAUGCCUUUGCGGAUGGAGAGGUGUCUGGAUAUGGCGCCCGUGAAGAAGGGGGCGUUCUUUUAUAUGAGUGCGAGGUAUUGCGAGGAUGUGGUGGAUUGGUGUCGGUUUAGUGAGGAGCAGCAGGGGGCGACGUUUUGA